CUCUCUUCCAAUUUGUGACGCUGACACUUUUUCGACCAGUUCACUCAAUGAAAGCCAGAUCACGAAUCUCUUAUAUAGUAUAGUUGGAAAAGUAGACUGUUGGCAACAUGGCAACACCCGCAAAAACUUCCAUCCGCUAUUCCACUGCCAUCUGCAACCAACUAAAAAGUGUGGUUAUCGUAUAGUAAACAUCAUUUAUAGGAAAUAAAAUUGUAUUAAUUGAUUUGAUUUGUGUGUUUCAUAGCAGUGAUGUCUUUCAAUUUUGGAAACACACCCGUCUCCAAACCAGGUGCUACGGUUUUCGCAUUGCCAACUAAUCCUACUACAACUUCAGCGACAGGAUUUCAGUUUUCCGCUGCUUCAGGAGAUACAAAAAAUCAGAAGCCUACUAGCUCUGCCUUCACUUCUUUAACGCAAGUCAAACCUACUGGGACUUUAGGAGGACAAGGUACCACUGCUGCUUUUCCUACAGGUGGUUUUAGUUUCGGAAAUACUAAAUCAGCAACUACAACCACUGCCUUUGUCCCUAUUUCUGGAUCAACUCCAGUUACCAAACCUACCACUACUACAGGACUUUCUUUGGGCGUCCCUUCUGUCACCAGUACGGCUGCUGGUAUUACAACUACUUCUGCAACCAAAUUGAGUUUCGGACUAUCAUCAGGAUCAUCUACUACUACAGCUGUUGUGACAACAUCAGGAACAUCUUCAACCAUUGUUCCAGCUGCAACCACGGUAACAUCCUCAACUUCGAUAAUUCCAGCAACUGGGUUACUAACUUUUAGCCAACUAGAAGACUCUAUAAAUAAAUGGACAAUAGAUUUAGAAGAACAAGGAAAAUUUUUCAUAAAUCAGGCAAAACAGUUAAAUGCUUGGGAUUCUUUAUUGAUUUCAAAUGGUGAACAAAUAUUGAAUUUGAAUGGCAGUGUAGAGCGUGUCAAACAGCAACAACAACAACUAGAUCAAGAACUGGACUUUGUACUUGCUCAGCAAAAAGAAUUGGAAGAGCUUAUAGCUCCCUUAGAGAAGGAAUUAUGGGACAUACCUGUUACUGAUAUUGAUAGAAAUCAAAUGUACCAGUUUUCAGAAAUGAUUGAUUCUCAGCUAAAACAAAUGUCGGAAGACUUGAAGGAAAUCAUCGAACACAUAAAUGAGUCUAAUAGAAAUGAAGCGGCAUCUAAUCCAAUUGCCCAAAUCAGCCGCAUCCUGAAUGCUCAUAUGAACUCCCUACAGUGGAUAGAUAGAAACACUUCGCAAAUAAGUUCUCAUUUGGAGCAAAUCACCAAAAUGCAAGAUUCGAAUAGGAGAAAUUUGGCCCUUAGCAACUCUUUCAAUCACUCUAUGAAUAUGUAGUUCAAUUUUCAUUUUCAGGUCAAGUAUUCAAGUUUUAAACAUGUUUUGGAAGUGUUUUCUGUCUAAUAUAAUUUUUAUAACUCCUUU